CUGCGAGUAGAAGAUGUUUGUAUUUUCACUUUCUAAGCAUCAGUGGUGCUGUAGACUGUAGUCAAUCCUGUUGGCAUUCAAUUGGAAGUGGUUCAUUCUUGAUCUUUUCCUGUUGAUAUUUGGUUUGGUUUAAAUAAAUACCUCUUGUCUUUGAAGCUCAUUUUUGUAGACCAUGAUUAUCAUAAUAUUUGAUGAAGAUUUUUGUUCAUUAAGUGGGUCAAAUAACAAAAGGGCCCAAGAAGUAUAUUAUCCUUUAGUUUUUGAGCUUAUUUUCCAGGGAUUGGCUGAAUAAAAGACAACUACUGAGGGCCCAAACUUUUAAAGUUCGACGUAGGACUCAAAAUCUCAAGUCUGACCUUGAAUCUACCACAAAGCACUGCUAGUCAAACCAUUGACCUUCCCUCUUUCUCUCUUUCCAAACAGAUAAAUUUCCACUGCCUUACUGCAUUCCAAAUUACUGAAUUCAGAUAAACUGAGAUUAACAUUUAUUUAUUUAGCGUGUGUGUGUGUGCUAUUCUAUAUUUUGUGGGCAGUGGAUGGCGUUGGUGUUGCAGGCGAAAGACACUCUGGAGUGGGCUUAUAGAGGAGAAGGUUUUGUCAAUCUAGUUCUUGCUUAUUGUGGAAAAUCCCCUGAUUUUGUUGGAAAAGUUCUACGGAUGAGAAAAGUUCCAAAGUAUGGAUCUGAAUAUGAGAAUGGUCAUUCUGCCCUUACUAUGCAUGAAUGCCUCCUAUGGGGGGAACUUGAAGGCCUUGUUUCAGCACCUACGGGAGAAAUUGCAGAGCAAUUAUAUUUGCAGCAAGUAAUGUGCCCAUUGUUGGGUUCCAAACAUGUUGAUGCCGGGGUAAUUAUUAUAGCCUUAUUCGUGUUCUUGUGACCAGAGAAUUUUUGGAGGCAGUUGAAAAUAAGGGCCCAUUUGAUUGCAAAGAUGAAAUUUGGAUGGAAAGAAAAUAAAUUUCAGGGAAUUAAAUUGCCUA